UGUUUACAUGUCAGACAUAAACAAAGAUGGCGGUGGUGAGGAUGACCCGUCUCCUCUUAACCAGCCAUAAAACUCCUCUUUUCCAGCCAUUUAGAUCUGUCUGGCAGAAUAAGAUUAAAGUGAACGUUUAUCCAUCUCUUAGGGAACGGCUUGAAGAGUUGGACCAGACCAGAGACGACCCCGGGCUGUACGCUCCCGUUAACAUUGGCUUCACACGCCCUAAACCGUCCCGCAGAGAGCAGCUGCACACGAGACUCCAGCACAGAAAAUCACUAAAAGAAAAUGAAUCAUUACAACAGCGAUCCCGUAGAGGCGACCUGACCGUAGAUAUAGACAAGGUGAAGGAGGUCUGGGAGGCGUCAUCCGGCCCUCACCACGUUAAGACGCUGGCGGAACACUACGGGAUCUUCAGGGACCUCUACGGCAGUGCAUACUUUGUACCGUACGUCGCCCUCGGGAUAACCUACGACUUAGACGAUCACACUGUGUCUCCGGUCCACAGGGGAAACACCAUCAAGCCGGGAGAGGCAGCUCGCGAACCCAGUGUGCAGUUUAGGAGUGAGCCGGGUGACCUGUGGACGCUAAUCCUCUCAAACCCUGAUGGUAACUUGUUGGAUAAUGAAGCAGAAUGUCUCCACUGGUUUAUUGGGAAUAUCCAAGGCAAUGACCUCACUUCGGGAGACGUCGUGUGUAACUACCUGCAGCCCUUCCCCCCGAGAGGUACUGGAUAUCACCGCCUUGUGUUCGUGCUCUAUAAACAAGAGAGACACAUUGACUACAGCCGGUACACCAGAGAACAGCCGUGUGUGUCGCUGAAGGACAGAAGCUUCUCCACGUCCACCUUCUACAGGGAGCAGCAGGACCACCUCACACCGGCCGGCCUCUCGUGGUACCAGACAGACUGGGACUCUUCCCUCACUCACUUCUUUCAUCACACUCUGAAUAUGAGGGAACCGGUUUACGAGUAUCAAUUCCCCGAGCCCUAUCUAGCACCCCAGAAGCACUUCCCCCACAGAAGACAAUUCAACACGUACCUGGACUUACACCGCGACCCUAAAGAAAUCAGUAAAGAAAUCUUACUCCAGCGACUUAAAGGAUUAAACCCCUUGGAGCCGGAACCCCCCGUGGUCCCCUUCCCUGCCGCCCAGCCUAUCCACCGAGACCUGUCAUCGUGGGAGAGGCGGGACUUGAAGAGACAGCGCCUUGGAGUGGGCAAAUAUCGUGAUCUCUUCAAGGGUUCCAAUAGACCUAAGCUUUAGUUAUGGUGUGUUGCCCGAGUCAGUUGUAAAUACAGGCUUACAACACGGAUACGUUCCUGGGCCCUGAUAGUAACUUGAUCUGUUCACAAGAGCAUUAAUUCCACAGUUUUAGGUUAGUUUAAAGCACAACCUUGCCCAUACAAAACAUCCCAGACAUAAAUAUUGUAAAUAAAGUGAUGGUAAACAGUAUAGAAUAAUGAAAAUUAUGUAAAAAAAAAAGGGGGGGAUUUUAAUUAAAUUUUUUUUAAAUGAAUGUAUUGGGAUCCCGUUGAUAAGUGUGGUUGAUAAGUCGCUGGAGCGGUCGUAACUCAGGGACUGUCUGUACCAAACCUGUAAAGAAUAAUUUAUUGCAACAUUUAUAAUAAAAUAGGAUUUAUUACAACAGGUGUAGAUAAUCAGUUGAAAUAAGAUCUUAAUGUACUGAAGGGAACUGCUCUGUUGAAUUUAAUAAAGUGAUUGUAAUUUA